UUGCCUAUGUAAACCAGAAGGAGAAGAAGAAGACAGCCUACACGAGUGUAGUAAAGAGCGUGUAUUAGUCUGAAACCAGUGGUGGUAAUGAGUGCGAACCCUAACAUAGUUAUAGUAGGAUGCGGGAUAUCAGGUAUAGCAGCGGCACGCAGGCUCGUUAAAGCUGGGUUUCAAAAUGUGCGGAUACUGGAGGCGACUGCAAGAAGUGGAGGAAGAAUAAAGACUGGAAGAUUGGGUGAUAGUAUUGUUGAGAUAGGGGCAAACUGGAUCCAUGGACCGUCCGAGGGGAACCCAGUGUUUUGUCUGGCUCGUCAGUAUGGGCUCCUGGAUCCUGAGGCCCUCACCCCAGAGAACCAGGCUAUGGACGUGGGAGGACAUCCCCCCUGGGUUCCCAAUGUCUUCAGCAGUUCAGGUCGGAAGCUGAAUGCUGAGGACCUCCAGCCUGCUCUGGAGAUGUUUUCUGAGUUGCUGUGUGAAAGUUCAGAAUUUCAUAGUCAAGGGGGAGAACCCUGGCCCAAUGUGGGAGAUUUCAUACGCUCAGAGGUGCAACAACGAGCAGCAGAGAUGUGGAAAGAUAUGGAUGCAAACACCAGAUCUCUACAACUGUGCAUGAUCAGCAACAUGUUGAAGGUGGAGUGCUGUGUUAAUGGGAGUCACAGCUUGGAUGAGGUAGGCCUGGGGGCCUUUGGCCUCUACAAGACUCUACCUGGACUGGACUGUACAUUCCCAGGUGGCUAUGAAGGUCUAAUCAAAAACUUGAUGUCAGAGCUCCCUGGUGGUUUAGUGACCUACAAUCAGCCUGUGCGCUUUGUCCACUGGAACAACACAGAGAAGAGAGAAAACCCUGUGACGGUUGAGUGUGAUGAUGGGGAGAAGAUCGCUGCUGAUCAUGUUAUUGUCACAGUACCUCUAGGAUACCUAAAGAAGCACCAUUCAACUCUGUUCCGUCCCCCUCUCCCUCUACACAAGCUGCACUCUGUUCAGAGGCUAGGUUUUGGAACGAACAAUAAAAUAUAUGUGGAGUUCGAUUCGCCGUGGUGGGAUCACGACUGUGAGGUCAUCUACUUUGUGUGGGAAGAUGAGGAUGCCAUGCUGGACCAGGUGUCAGAUUUACAAGGAUCCUGGAUAAAGAAGUUGUUUGGCUUCACUGUGCUUAAACCCACUGAAAGAUAUGGCCAUGCUCUGUGUGGCUGGAUUGCUGGGCAUGAGUCAGAGUAUAUGGAGACACUCUCUGAGCAGGAGGUCACGCAUGCCAUCACACAACUUAUUCGUAGAUUUACAGGAAACCCUAUCAUCACCCCAAGAAGAGUUCUACGCUCCCAGUGGUUUCAUGACCCCUGGACAUGUGGAUCCUACAGUUACCCUGGAAAAGGCUGUUCAGUGCAGGACCUGGAGAACAUGAUGGAGCCCCUGCCUGUGAAGGAAUCACAGUCACAACCCCUGCAGGUGUUGUUUGCUGGAGAGGCUACUCAUCCCUACUACUACUCCACCGUCCAUGGAGCUUUUCUCAGCGGGUGCAGAGAAGCUGAUCGGCUCAUCUCUCACUACUCCUCCAUCAGUCCAUCUCAGCCGGCCAAGUCAAAGCUUUAGAAGGAACAAUGCUGCUUUGACAAAAAAAUUUUUAAAAAUUUAUAUCUAAAAUCUACAACUUCUUCAUACACUGAUCUCAGAGUUGAUUUGGAGGGUUGUGUGCUGUUUAUUUAAAUCAGUCACUUACUUACAGUUACUUACUGCUGACUUUAUGCUGCGGAUUUCACAGCAUUAAAAUACUAAUGCAUUUGGCUGAUAUUGUCAACUUGAACAGGCAAAUCACACAAGUGAUAGAUACAGUAAUUAUAUUUGCAUUAAAUACAUUAAGGGAACAGCUUUAAAUAUUAACUAAUGAAUAUUUUUGGUAAAGAAAAAUGAAAGAAUGUAAAUACAUCUUCUUUACACAUCUGUUUAACCACAAUGCAGUUAUACGAAUUAAUUUCCUAAUAAAAAAUUUCAACAUUUAAAUCAAUAAGUAAAUAAAUUUGCACAUUUAUGUAAAAACAUUUUAUAAAGAUCAAUUUCAUAUGUUUUUAAAUUCUAUUUACUAAUUAUUUUAUUGUUUUUAGCUCACAAUAUGUUGCCUUACCUUUUGCAUUUGCACAAACUUUGUUCUCACGAUUAUGAUUAAUUGUGAAUGAUGUGGGAACAUCGUCAAAGAAAAGUUUUGGACUGGAGAACAUAAAGGAAUUUACUAUUUGAAUCAGUAUAUUAUCAAAAUUACAGGCCAAACUUCCCAAAAACACAACAGACUGAACAGAAUAAAAUUUUGCACUUUACAGGCAAACAUCCAUCUGGUUUAUGUGAUCAAACAUUAAACAGAUGAGUCAGUAGAGCAUGUAAUGUUGUAAGUAUGCCAAAAGUAUUCUACAGGAAGAGAAGCACUCAAGGGCACCUCAGAAAGUAUGGAUCAGAAGAAAUGAGCGUGAAAUUUUUUUUUUGUCUUGUGUCAGGGAAGCUUGAUGGCCUCAAAUUUGUAUUAUUUUUCUCCGUCUUUGUUGUUCUAUUUUGGGUGUGAAUGUGUCUCUGUUCUGUUGCUCAUUUUCUGAUACCGGAAGUUUUUUAUGAAGGUGGAAGUUCAAUAAAAAGAAAAAGUUGUUUGUAA